ACCCCAAGCGCUCACUCACUCACUCACUCACUGUAUAAUCAUAGCUCCUUAUGCAGGUAAUUUUACCUUUACAUGUUUUAACAACACAUCUCAUGCUUUCAUUUCUUAUUUCUGUUUAGUUGAAGGGCGAGUGGAACGAGAAGAGAUUCAAAAUAACAUGAGAAUAAGGGCGACAACUCCCACAGAGAGAUUGCUUUACUUCAACACAUUUACCGGCAAUGGCGGCAAAACUAUAUACACGAUCAAUGGCGCCCGUAUUUUGACUUCCGGUUAUAUGGCAGACAAUGGCAUUCUGUACAUCAUUGACAGAGUUAUGUAUCCUUUCGGUAGCGAGAAAACUGUGACAGAGUACGACAACAACCCGGAUGUUCCCUAUCUGUCCUUUACCUCUGUGACGGCCCUGCAGGAGAUCAACACUCCGCUGUUUCAAGAAGGCGCGGACCCCGGCAACUUCUUCACCGUGUUCUCCCCGAACGAUUCGUAUACAUACCCUAUCUCACGGGAGGCUCAACAGAAAUUCUACACAAACUGGACCCUCAUCAAUGACACUAUCAAAGCUCAUAUUGUUAAGGACAAGGUUUUGUGUCUUCCGGCGGAAGGCAAUAUACCAGAAGCCAUGUCACUGAAUGGUCAACUGAAAUUCACCAGAAGAGACGGAAAAGUUUACGUGGAAAACAAUCGAGUACGGGCGGAGGUCAUUAUCCCGAAUAUCCCUCUAAGAAACGGUGUUCUCCACGUCAUCGACAAUUUGCUCUACUUCAUUUAUGACACCAUUCAUCAGAAACUUAGCCAACUCUACGAAUCCAGAACGUUCCUUGCCAUUACUGACACAAUUCCAGACUUUACGUCACGGUUACGGUCUGAGACGUCAGAAAUGACGAUAUUUGUUCCAGAGACGUCAGCGUUCGCCAAAGUUCCGUCUCGACUCCAGGGGGAGGUGGAAGGAAAUAUUACCUUGCUGAUGUCGCUGCUGAACUCUCACGUGAUCUUGGGCCAGGUGCUGGACAUUGACACCCUCCUCAGACUGGAGAACAUUACUACCCUUGGGAACCGGACAAUUCGAGUCAUGAAGAUGAACAACGGAGUAUACUUACAACACAACGGAUUGAGAACGCGCGUGACACGUGGAGACAUCGGCUGCACCAAUGGGGUGGUCCAUCUGAUCAAUGAUGUUAUGAUUGACAGUCAUUUGACGGUGUGGGAGAAUAUUGAGAGUCAGACCCAGUUAAGCACGGUCUUCGAUCUCAUGAGAAACCAUGUCGAUAUCAGGACUACUUUGUCGGCGGAGGACGGGAGUUAUGUUACUGUCUUCCUUCCGGGGACUUUUUUCCUGAACGAGUUACCAGGCUAUUCUCGCGAGAUGUUAUCCGCCGGUGGGUCACGUGUUCAUGAGGCUUUAAUAGGGCAUAUAGUUGAAAAUGCUUUCAUGGGUAGCUCCGAUUUUGAAGACGGGGUAGAGAGAAAGAUGACGACAAAGAGUGGCAGAAAUAUACACAUCACCAGACGGGGUCACGCGUUUUUCGUCAAUAUCGGGUGUAUCCGCUGUGAGCCUGGAUCCCAGCCUGCCCAUACUACCUGUCAGCCUCCUGAUACUCUGAAAGGGAAGUCGCUACCAUUCCUCGUCCAGGGCAGCUUCCGGUUGGGACAGAUCAUGAACAGAUGGAUCUCUUGCUUGCACAUGACGACCAUCUGGCCCAAUUGGGAGCUAUCUUGCAAGAAGAAUGGCAGCGAUUUCCCUUUACCGCACAUAACAGGUCUCUACCAAGCACUGUUUGCACAAAUAGCAAAACUGCAGAGAAUGGUAAUGAGGAUCUUUACACGCACAUAA